UUCUUCAAUUAGUAAGCCUUGUCUUUACCUCUUUCUCUCCCUUAAACCCUUGAGGAAAAUGGCUGCCACUCACUUCACCAUCUUUUCUCUCUUGCUUCUCAUUGUAGCAUUCUCUUAUGCUACUGAAGCUACAAUAGAGAAAAUAGAUGUAGUUGUGGAAACUACAGUCUACUGUCAAACCUGUGAACAUUCUGGAACCUGGUCUCUAAAUGGAGCCAAGCCAAUUCCUUCAGCCAAAGUAAGCGUCACCUGCAAAAACCACAAAGGUCAUGUUAGUUACUACAAAGUCUUCCAAACAGACAAAAAUGGUUACCUCUAUGCACAACUAGAAGAGUUCAAAAUGCAGCAUGAUAUACUAGAUCAUCCACUCCAUGCUUGCUUCGUGAAGCCUAUUUGGUCGCCUCUUGAGGGUUGCAGCCUUCUCGCGAAUGUUAAUUAUGGUUUGAAUGGAUCUCCUCUUCGUUAUGAGAACAAGAUAUUGCGUGGAAGAAGGUAUGAGGCUGUUAUAUAUGCUGCUGGUCCCUUGGCUUUCCAUCCUCCGGAUUGCUCAAAGACUCACUACUAAUGCCUCAAACCAUUAUGAAUUACCAUCCAUCAACCAUUUUGGGAUUCAUUGACUAUUAUUAUGUCGUUGCUAUGAUUUGUCUCUGUAUUAUUAUAACUUUAUAAGUUUUCAAAUUAAAAUUGUAUCUUUUGUUAUUUUUUUGGUAUACUGAUUCACAAAUGCAAUGUUAAUGCUGAUAAUUUAA